ACUGAGAGUUUUUUUUUCUUCAAGUGCCACCACGCAGUACGGGACUGUAUAUUAGCCUCCCCGCCCUCCCCCUUUGCGUCGCUCUUCCCUUUCAGAAGGCGAUUGCACAAGGCGACCAAGAACUGCUGCUGCUCCCGACCGGACAAAGGAGGGAGGAGAAAAAUAUAGAGUUAGUCACUCUUCAUAGCCGAGAGAGAGAGAUAAAGAGAUUUCGAGAGGGAGAGAGGGAGACAAGAGAAGACAGAGAUGGAGAGGAGGAGGUCUCUCGGAGCUGGCAAGCCUUUCACUCCCUCGCCGAGAUAACGAUGUGCUCCGACUCAUAGGUUGCUGCGGAAGGAGUGGGGAUCCGUUUUCUUGGCGCCGACGACGAUGAUGACAGUGGCGUCGCCAGCAUGGGAAUAGCGGCGCCACCGUGUCAGACGACCGCGCACGUGAGCCAGCCGAAGAGCACUGCGGCGAUCCACGACGGCCGCCGGCCGGCCACCGCGAGUUCUAUGUCCCACUCCCAGGGGUUCCACAGCGGCGUCUACGGCUUCUCCUCCGAUGGCUUCGACCGGGCGGGAUCCAGCCAGCAGGACCAGCAGCAGCAAGAGCAGCAGCACCACGUGGCGCAGCAGAGUCGGCGCGACAAGCUGAGGGUCCAGGGUUUCGACCCGGCCGCCGCCGGGCUGCUCCCCAUCGACGGCGACGACCACGGCGCCGAGCCCGGCGCCAUGUACGACCACGCGGCGGCCGCGGGCGCAUCCAACAUGCUCGCCGAGAUGUUCAACUUCUCCGCGCAGACGCCGGCGGGACCCUCCGCCACCGAGCUUCUCGCCAGCCAGAUGAACGCAAACUACCGCUACGGGUUCCGGCAGGCGCCGGGAGGGGUAGUAGCCGGCUUGGCGUCCGGCGACGGCGGCGGCUGGUUCGGCAGCGGUGGCCCCGGCGGGGCCAAUUUGUUAGGUGAGACGUCAUCGCCCAAGCAACCAGGCGGCAUCGCGGGCCUCGCCACCGACCCGGCCGCCGCGAUGCAGCUGUUUCUGAUGAACCCUCAGCAUCAGCAUCAGCAGUCGAGGUCAUCGCCGCCGACGUCGCCUCCGCCGUCGGACGCGCAGUCCGCCAUCCAACACCACGAGGCCUUCCAGGCGUACGGCGCGGGCUCGUUCGGCGGCGGAGUGGUGGAAGGGCAGGGCCUGUCUCUCUCGCUGUCGCCGUCGCUGCAGCAGCUGGAGAUGGCGAAGCAGGCCGAGGAGCUACGGGUAAGGGACGGCGUGCUCUACUUCAACCGUCAGCAGCAGCAGGCGCCGUCGGUGCAGCAGCAGCUCCCGAUAGCAUUGCACGGCCAGGUGGGCUCGCUGGGGCAGCAGCUCCACGUCGGGUACGGCCCCGCCGGCGUGGCGGGCGUGCUGCGCAACUCCAAGUACACUCGCGCGGCGCAGGAGCUCCUCGACGAGUUCUGCAGCGUUGGGCGCGGGCAGACGAUCAAGGGCGGCGGCGGGCGCGGCGCUGGCGCCGGUGGGUCGGCGUCGAACCCUAACAAGGGCGGCGCGUCCAGCUCCGGCGCCGCCCAGUCGCCUUCGUCGGCGUCCAAGGAGCCGCCGCAGCUUUCCCCCGCCGACCGGUUCGAGCAGCAGCGCAAGAAGGCCAAGCUCAUCUCCAUGCUCGACGAGGUGGAUCGUCGUUACAACCACUACUGCGACCAGAUGCAGAUGGUGGUGAACUUCUUCGACUCGGUGAUGGGGUUCGGCGCCGCCACGCCGUACACGGCGCUGGCGCAGAAGGCCAUGUCGCGGCACUUCCGGUGCCUCAAGGACGCCAUCGCGGGGCAGCUCCGGCAGAGCUGCGAGCUGCUGGGGGAGAAGGACGCCGGCACGGGGUCGGGCCUGACCAAGGGGGAGACGCCGCGGCUGCGCGCCAUCGACCAGAGCCUCCGGCAGCAGCGCGCCUUCCACCACAUGGGGAUGAUGGAGCAGGAGGCGUGGCGGCCCCAGCGCGGCCUCCCCGAGCGCUCCGUCUCCAUCCUCCGAUCAUGGCUCUUCGAGCACUUCCUACACCCGUACCCGAGCGACGCCGAUAAGCACCUGUUGGCGAGGCAGACGGGGCUGUCCAGGAACCAGGUAUCGAAUUGGUUCAUCAACGCCCGAGUCCGGCUAUGGAAGCCCAUGAUCGAGGAGAUGUACCAGCAGGAGACGAAGGAGCUCGAGGGCUCUUCCGCCGGCGGUGGGGCGGGCGGACCAGAGUCCGGCAAUGACCCCUCCGGCGCCGACGACAUGCACUCCCCCACGACCACCGGCGCGAUGCAGCACUCACACUUGCAGCCGCAAGGAGUAGUAAUGCAGCACGGCGGCGGCAGGUAUGGCAUCCAGCAAGAACACGGUAUGCCUGGCAUCCACCCCCACAAGCUCGACCCCGGCGCAGCGGGGCCCUCGGCGGCGGACGCCGCCUUCGUCGGCCUCGACCCGGUCGAGCUCCUCGGCGGCGACGCGCACGUCGGUGCCGCGGACGACUUGUACGGGAGGUUCGAGCCCGGGGUCAGGAUGAGGUACGGGCCCGCCACCACAGGGGCGGCCACCGGCGACGUGUCACUCACGCUUGGCCUGCAGCACGCCGGCGCCGGCAACCCGGGGCCGGACGCCAGCGGCCGGUUCUCCUUGAGAGACUACAAUGGUUGCUGAUGCCUACACAUAUCUUGAUUAUUCAUUCAUGGCUCACGCACAUGCAUUGCAUCAUCCGGAGUAGCAUGCAUUGAGGAGAUCAAAAGGGGGAGAAGAAAGCAACAAGAGAAGAGAGUGAUCGAUCGGGAUUUAGAGAGAUAAACUUUCAUGGUGCCUGGAGAGUGAUGCAUGGGAUGGGCUAUAUUAAUAUGAGACAAGUCUUCGUCAUCUUCAUUUUCUUCUUCUUAUUCUUCCUCCUCACAUGAUUCUUAAUUUAGCUAGGUUAAUUGCUUUUGUUAGGCAUUAUUGUUGGGGGGCUAAGCAAAAUCUGUAUACAGGAAAAGAAAGAUAGGAAGUGUAUGUUAGUUGUAGUCACACCUUUUUUGUUCUCCUGUUCUGUUCCAUGUUGUGUUUUUUGUCCCUUUUUUAGUCUUGGUGUACCUAUUUUUUUCUCCUUUCUUCCAUCUGUAACUGAACAUAAGAGAAACAUACAUACAUAUACAUGCAUAUAUUGGGGGGACAUAAA